AAGUUACCGUCAACAGCGUCUUCCAAAACUUCCUGAUCCAGGUGAACCAACAUGGCAGACCCUGUGGCGUGGCUGCGCGUCAUCCUUUGUUUUGUCGGGGUGGUUUUGACACAACUAGCUGAUGGUCAACCACAAGUUUCUAAUGAUCUCCUUUUUCCGUACGGUAACGCUAGCGGAGAUAGUAUGGCGCCUGUUAACGAUGACGGAAGCUCGGAAGAAAUUCAGCUGCAGAUUAUCUUUCCUUAUUUUGAUCUACCGCAUUCAUCCUUGUAUGUGAACACCAAUGGUGCCAUAUCAUUUCUGCAGCCUAUCAGACAGUUCACACCCGCUCCAUUUCCACUACACAAUUCAUGGAGAAUGGUUGCUCCUUUCUGGACCGACGUGGACACCAGGAGAAAUUCUGGUCGUGUCUUCUACAGGGAGGUUACAUCAGCAACAGACCCGGGACUAAUGCAAAGAGUUGACGUUAUCAUACACAUUGCCUUCCCAGGGUUUAGAAAUCUGACGGCCACGUGGGCCUUUGUUGCCACGUGGAACAAUGUCACAUAUUUUGGUGGGAAUCAAUAUACUCCUACGAACACAUUUCAAGCAGUCUUGGCGACCAACGGGAGACACUCGUUUGCCAUCUUCAACUACGCUAAGAUAACCUGGACAACUGGAACUGCUAGUGGCGGGGAUAGUAGAACAGGUCUGGGAGGCAUACCAGCACAGGUUGGCUUCGACUCCGGUGAUGGUGAACACUACCAUGCGGUGAAUGAAUCUCGCACGGGCGCCAUAGUUAACAUCUCCAGAACUAGCAACGUCCAGACUCCUGGACGCUGGGUGUUCCAAAUAGACAAGGCUGAAGUGAAGGAAGGAGGGUGCAAUACAGUGGGCACCUUGAUGAUUUCUCCCGUCAGAGGCAACAUCCUCGGAGGAGAGGAGAUCUUGUUAUCUGGACCUUGUAUAGAUUGUGAAGUACAUGAUAUCAUAUGUAAAUUUGGUGACGUCACAGUGGAGGGAAAAUACCACAACGACAGGACAGCCAAGUGUAUAACACCGCCGCUCUUUGUCAUGGGGAGAGCAGAUGUACAGCUUUCCAUCAAUGGGGGCACUAAUUUUACACAUAAAGGAUUUUUUGUACCAGAAUACAAUGAGGCAUUUUCUAAAGUUACACGUUUUGACGAUACGAAAUGGCGCGAAAGUGGUCCAUACUACAUAGAAUGGACGCCAAAGCAGGUUGUAGAUGGUGAACCGGAAGCAGAAAAUGUGGACAUUGAUCUUCUUACAUUUGAAGAGCCGAAAGAUGGCGCGGUGGAAAACAACUGGUACACAUUGGCUAAGAAGGUACCAAACAACGGUAGAUUCGACCUGGGCGCGGUUGCCGUGAAAUUCAACAAGACAGAGUUUAUUGGAGCUGUGCGUAUAAGAGGGUCCCUCCCAUACUCUAACUUCUCUUACCCAAACCCAUGUCCAGGAUUUGAAAGAGAACACAAUGGAUCGGGAGCCGGCCAACAGUGCUGCUACGACCAGCAAGGCAAUCUCCUCAACGUGGCCGACAAUCACGGUGGAGGAACCAUGGAUAUUUCGCACUACAAGGGAUGUCGUAAUCCGCCCGUGGUGCCGUAUAUCAGUCACUUCUACACAGACUUACGUCCACACGCGUGGUGCUGUCACAGUUCUGGUAACAUGUCCCUGUGCUCUGAGACGUACAUGGAGAGACGACCUUCCCAUGACGGCAGAGGGUACCAGCCGCCAAGACCAGCCACUGGUGUCGGUGACCCUCACGUGGUGACGCUGGACGGACUGCGCUACACGUUUAAUGGGAUAGGAGAGUACAGCCUUGUAGAGAGCACGAACCAGACGUUCACGUGCCAGGGGAGGAGCAAACAAGUUGACGGACAGCACGGUGAGAAAGGUCUGGCGUCUGUGUGGACAGCACUGGCCAUGCGCGGCCGCAACACUAGCAGGGUCCAGGUAUCUUAUAGUAAACUUUGGGGGAUGGAGGUGUUCGUAGAUGACGACAUGAUUGACUUUGAUGAAGUAGGAAACAUUGUCCCUGGCAUAGAAGGCAUUGAAAUCGAAAAGGUGGCCAACGAAUCAAAAGCCUAUAUAAGUUUUGAGCAUGAACAAGUAUAUGUUGAUGUGCAGAUUGCAAACGGCGUUUUGAACUUUUUGCUCUAUCUUCCCAAUUAUUUGAAGGGUACGUUGGAACGUGAAAGGGCUCCUUGGCGGCGCAUCAGUCAAACGUCAUCUCUUUUCACAUACGGCAUUGGUGAAAGUUAUGCCAGCCUUCAAAAUGAAUCAUUCGAGCCCAUGUUUAAACGUCCAAAGCUCGAAAACGAAACUCUGCAGACCCAGAUGGAAGCUGUGUGUGGGGAGAGCCUCGAGUGCAUGUUUGAUUUUACAAUAACUGGAGGAAACGCUGAAAUGGCCGCAGCGACUAAAAUGGUGAUGGUUGAAUAUUCUGAAGCGGUCUCUGAAACUAAACCAGUUAUUACCUGUGGUUUUCUGGCAACAUCUACCAAUGUUAAAAAAGACAACGUCUCUACCCUGGCGGGUACCAUAGUGACCUUGACCUGCCCCGAAGGAUACGCCCUGAUUGGCCAGAGUACAGUGAAGUGCCAGGAUGAUGGGACGUGGGACAGCUAUGGCGACGCCAAGUGUAGGAAAGUUAUUACCUGUGGUUUCCUGGUUACUUCCGCCAAUGUUACAAAAGACAACCUGUCCACCCUGGCGGGCACCAUAGUGACCUUGACCUGCCCCGAAGGAUACGCACUGAUUGGCCAGAGUACCGUGAAGUGCCAGGAUGAUGGGACGUGGGACAGCUAUGGCGACGCCAAGUGUAGCAAAGCGAGUGAACCCAGCAUGCUGACUACCAUCGCCAUUGCGGUUGGAGCAGCUCUGGGCGCCAUUUUGUUGGCCAUUGUUACUGCCGGCAUCGUCUGCAAGGUACUGAAGAACAAGAAGUCGAACAAAUUGAAACUGCGCUCUUCACUGUGCCAUGUAAACCAAACAUAUAAGCCGACAGAGGACUAA